AUGUCCCCCUGGUUCACCUGGCAGAGCGCAGCCGUUCCCCUGCUACUGACCUGUCUCCUCAGCGAUUUAGGGGUGGUUCAGGCGUCUGUGUGUUCUCGGUGGGACCAUUCAAUCGAGCUGGAUGACAAUGGUCUCUUCCAGGAAGGUGACGUGGUGAUCGGGGGUCUUUUCCCCAUCCAUAACCUCCCUCCAGCUCCAGACCUAUGCUUAACACAACCUCCUCAUCUGCAGUCGUGCCACAAUUUCCAGGGAGAGAUUUUGAGAUGGGCGCACGUCCUAGUGUUUGCAGUGGAUGAGAUAAACCGUAACCCCUUCCUAUUACCAGGGGUGAGGCUGGGCUACCAUAUCCUGGACAGCUGUAAUCAGCAUCCCUGGAGCCUGCUAGCAGCCCUAACCCUGGUUUCAGGGGGGAAACUCAGCUCAUUGCCAGUUGGUAAAUCCCCGGUUUCCAUUAUCAUUGGUGAUUCAGCAUCCACUCAGUCUAUCAUUGUGGCCAGGACACUGGGGCCAUUUGGUGUGCCUCUGAUCAGUUACCAGGCUAGCUGUGCAUGUCUCAGUGACAGAAGGGCGUUUCCUAACUUCUUCAGAACCAUCCCCAGUGAUGUGUACCAGGCCCGCACCAUGGCACGGCUCGCACAGCGUUUCGGAUGGACCUGGGUUGGAGCCAUAGUAGCUGAUAACGACUAUGGGCGCCUGGCCAUACAGGAGUUUGAGGAGGAGAUUCAAGGGACAGGUUUGUGCUUGGCAUUCUUUGAGACCCUCAGUCGGGGGAACCUGGAGAGGGAUGUGAAGCGAGCAGUGGAUGCGGUCCAGGGCUCGACUGCCCAGGUGAUCCUAGUCUUUCUGUGGUACACCGACACUGAAGCGUUACUCAUGGAGGUGGUGAGGAGAAACGUGACCAACCGACAGUUCCUGGCCAGUGAAGCUUGGAGCACCAGCAUGGACCUCUUACAAAACCCUGCCCUCUUUACUGUUGCACGGGGCAUUUUGGGCGUGGCUAUCCGCAGUGCACCCAUAAAUGGCUUUGAGGCCUACCUACGAAGUCUCCACCCUUCUCGCCGUCCCAGAGAUGCCCUGUUAAAAGAACUCUGGGAAACAGAGUUUGGUGGGGCUGAAACUCUGGAGGUGGUGGAGAGCUCCUUCACAGACACCUCCCAGCUGAGAGUGACCUAUAAUGUGUACCUGGCUGUGUAUGCCGCAGCCCACGCCCUCCACAGCCUCUUGUCCUGCCCCAACCAAGACAGUCCUACAUGGGGGAUGAGCUCCACCUGCUCCCCCACUCAUAAAGUCCGCCCAGCGGAGCUUUUGCAGCACAUGAACCUGGUAAACUUCACCACCAAACUGGGUGAGGUGUUCUAUUUCACGGGCGCCGACAUCCCUGCCGUCUAUGACCUUGUGAACUGGCAGGCCACGCCCAAGGGUUUGCUAACACUGGUCACAAUUGGCCGAGUUGAUGGGUCCAACCUACUCAUUAACGAAUCAGGGAUCCAAUGGAACAAAGAAUUGAAAAGACCACCCCGUUCAGUGUGCAGUGAGAGUUGUCCUCCAGGGACCCGUGUGGCCAAUAGGAAAGGGGAGCCUGUCUGCUGCUUUGACUGCGUCCCCUGUGCUGAGGGGGAGUUCAGCAACACCACAGGCUCUUUGAUUUGUGAACGCUGUCCUGUGGAGUUCUGGUCCAACAGCUAUCGAAACGCCUGCAUCCCCCGUGAGCUGGAGUUCCUGUCCUUUGACGACACCAUGGGCAUCACCCUGACCACUGUCGCUGUAUUUGGUGCUGUGGCAACAACGGCUGUGUUUGUUCUUUUCGCAUACCACCGCCACACCCCUUUGGUGCGAGCCAACAACUCAGAGCUGAGCUUUCUGCUCCUUCUGUCACUCAAGCUCUGCUUCCUGUGCUCAUUGGUGUUCAUUGGGGUUCCCUCGGUGUGGGCAUGUCGGAUCCGCCAGGCGGCGUUUGGGGUCAUCUUUGUGCUUUGCCUGUCCUGUCUCCUGGUCAAGAACAUUGUGGUCCUGGCUGCGUUCCGGUCAACGAGGCCUGGUGCCGUGCAGCUAAUGAGGAGGUUUGGACCAAGUCAACAAAGAGGGAGUAUCUUUCUAUUCACCAGUGUUCAGGUUGUUAUAUGUGCUGUCUGGCUGUCCACAAGCCCACCCCUGCCUUACAAUGACCUUGGCCUUAAGGGGUCGAAGGUCGUCUUGGAGUGUGCGGUGGGGUCUGUGGCCGGCUUCUCUCUGGUUCUGGGCUACAUUGGCCUGCUGGCCUCCCUUUGUCUCUUAUUAGCCUUCCUGGCCAGGAAACUCCCAGACAACUUCAAUGAGGCCAAGCUAAUCACCUUCAGUAUGCUGAUAUUCUGUGCUGUGUGGGUGGCCUUUGUCCCAGCUUAUGUCAGCUCUCCUGGGAAGUAUGCUGAUGCUGUGGAGAUAUUUGCAAUCUUAGCUUCCAGCUUCGGCCUACUGCUCUGCAUCUUCAUCCCAAAAUGCUUUAUCAUCCUGCUGAGGCCAGAGAGGAACACCAAGAAACACAUGAUGGCAAAAUAAAAUUAAGAACAAGAAAUAAGAUGGGCGA